AUGACUACCACACAACGCAGUGAGAGUAUGAAUGCAUUCUUUGAUGGUUAUGUGCACUCGUCCACCUCAUUGAAGGAAUUUGUAGAUCAAUACGACAACGCUUUGUGUAGGAAGGUUGAGAUUGAGAAUGUUGCUGAUUUCAAUUCUUUUAAUUCCACGAUUUCAUGUGUAAGCAAGCUUCCCUUUGAGAAGCAAUUUCAAAAAAUUUACACCCAUGAAAAGUUCAAAGAAGUUCAGAAGGAGAUUACAGAGGUUCUGAAUUGUAGUUGCUCUCUUCUAAAAAGUGAAGGUGGAAUUAGUACCUAUCAAGUGAUGGAACGAGUAGAAGUCAGUGAUGCCUACACGAAAAAAGUACGCUUUAUUGUUUACUAUAAUGACCCUUCAUGUGAAGUGAACUGCAGUUGUUGUUUAUUUGAAUCAUGGGGAAUUUUGUGUAAACAUGUCAUACCUGUACUGACUACACUUGAAGAUGUGGAAUUGUUGCCCGAAAAAUAUUUUCUAAACCGAUGGAGGAAGGAUUUGAAGCGGCCAUAUAAGUUAAUCAAAAGUAGUUAUGAUCCUUUAAGUGGCAACGCUACUGCAGAGCGAUAUUCUGAACUGAGCAAAAAUGUGCUGAAGUUAGCCGCAAUCGUAGCACCAAACAUGGACCAUUGCACGGAAGUACAAAGUUAUAUUGAUAUGCUAAAUAAGAAAUUAGGUGGUCAAAGCUAUGAACAAAAUCCACCUUCCCAAUCACUUUCAAGUGCAUCUGUGACCGGUAAUGAAACUAUUGAUUGUAUGGGAGUGGAGGUGUGUAGUCCUUUGGUGGCUCGGACAAAAGGGAAGCGACCAUCAAAUAGAAAAGUGUCUGAAGUUGAAAAGGCGGUGGUGAAAAAAUCAAAAGGAGGAAACAAGAAACAAAGUGACAUAAAUCAAACGGUGGUGAAAAAAUCAAAAGGAGGAAACAAGAAACAAAGUGACAUAAAUCCCAAACAGCAGAGGAAAAAAAAACAGACAUGCCAAAGAUCGCUCGUAGAUGAAUUGGACACAAGUGAAGAUCUGUUGGCUUUUGUAACUAAUGUUCAGCAUGACCAAGUAAUUGGAACUCAAAAUAGCGUAGUUACACAGACAUUUGGGAAUUCACAGUCAUCAGGUCCUAUUCAAGGAGAUUUCAUAUACUUGUCGUGA